CCUGCUGGUUCCCCUCGAUUGUUCUGCCCAGACGUCUCGGAGCACAAAAUUGACCACAUCAUUCAAGUAGUUCAUUCUCCGUGAAUUUCCUCCUUCCUCCUGGAGUCCUGCCCGCAGCUCAACCCUCUUGGCACCCAUUCCCGCCCGUAGGAUUGCUACAAGGUGGCAUUCAGGUUCUUGGGUGGCCGAGACGUGGUGAAUGCCACGGCCCCCAUCCCUUGGCAUGGCGGAUUUGUCGCCUGACAGACGAUGGUCGCUCUCUGGGGACCAUCAAUGUUUAUUUCUUUGGUGUGCCCGUCCCCCGUCCACCUCGGCAUGUUUACCUUUUUAUUCGAAUCGGAUUCACAUUAACAUCAUCACCACGCUGAAAAGCCAUGGCCUCGGUAACGACGAUAUUUCGCCCAGAUCCGACGUGCUUUGCGCCGUCAAAUCUGUGGCUCAAUCAAAAACCGCGCUGGGGAUGCGACACGUACUACCCGCCAUUUGGGCCCCGGCCGACUGAGAUUCUCCCGUCACUCGCCUGUGAUUUUCCCGUGCUAGGUCGUCCGCAGUUUUAUGGCUUCGAGGACCUGUGCUACCAGAGUAAUGAUAUCACCACUGGAGCCACCAUCUACCAUAGCACCGCAUACAGCGCCUGCCCGAAGGGCAUGACCGGUGCCGAAACCCGGACGGGAGUGGCAAAUGGUAUCACCAUCGCCGCAACAGUCUGCUGUCCUACCGCCUAUGACUUUACCCUAGUCAGCGACCGGACUCUUAUUCCUACAGUUAUCGACGGCACGACGUACCCGUUGACGUUCGCCACCGAGACGGAGCUUUGCAAGGCCGGCUCUAUCAAGGCCCUCUCAGAUCAGACGGUGACGAUGACCGUGUUUGCUGGCGAGACAACUGGCACCACAACCGAAACAGUAUGGGACUACGAGAACGGCUUCAUCGUCGCGACGGCAGCCAUUAUCAAUAAGCGUCUCUACACGGACCCCGUAGCCAGCACCACCUCAACAUGCUAUGGGGAUUUGGACGCGCGUUGUGCACUGCGCAGCAACCCUCUCGUGCCUGGCCCAACCCCCGCCCCGUCCGACCGGUACGACCCACCCCCCACAUCCCCCGUCACCCAAUUCACGCCUGCCCCCUCCUGCCUCUCACAACCUGGCAACCUCUGGCUCGUCUCCGACCAGUGUUCCGUGGUGACCACCAGGCCGGAGAACCAACCGCACCCGCCCUGGCUGCAGUGCACGCACAUCCUCGCCGGCGAGCCCAACCCCUCUCAAACGGCGUGCUACCCGGCCGGGCCCGCCGCCGCCGGCCCCAGCGGCGACUCCACCUUCUACACAGGCUGCCCCGUCGGCUACACACAGGCGGGGCUGGCGACGUCCAAGCCGUUCGACGCGCGCUUCGGGAAGCCGCGGGCCAACUACGCGGCCGAGGCCUCCACGCUCGGCUGCUGCCCCUCGCUGGAGGGCAUCUCGUUCGCGUACCCGUCGCGGACGCCCGGGGCGGGGUGGCCCGAGCCGACGACGACGCACGACGGCGUCGCGUACAGCGUGCAGAGGGGCCCGCCGCCGCGCUGCGUCGCGACGGGGGUGGGUGUGCAGGACGCCCUGGCGGGCCCGGCGGGGCGCCCCGUGACGCUGGGCUUGUAUGCGGAUGACGGCGGCCGGUAUGAGGGCACCACCGAGGUGGACUGGGAUGCGGCGAGCCACACGUUGUAUGCGCACGCCGUUGAGGUUCGCUACACGGUGUUUCAUGGCACGUAUACCUGCUUUCGGAACUGUGGUGCGUAUUUUACGCACUCGUAUAAUAAUACCCAGCGAGCCGCGUCGUCCACGGGCGCGGCGGCGGUUGUCGCGAGAGGUGAUGUCCAGGCGGGGCUGUCGGUCGUGGUGGUUGUUGUGACGGUUGUUCAUGUCGUUAUGGGAGCGCUGGUAUGAUCCACCUGCUCAGGGCAUUCAUGGUUAACGUGGGGGGGGGGGAUGGUAGGAUUAGAAGGCCACGGUGAUUUUGAAGGAGAGUAGAGUGAUGUACAUGAAUAUUCCAUGAUACCUUGUCGAUAGUAGCUUUUACACGUAAUCACUGUCCAAACCCC